AUGGAUGACUAUUCCGAAUGGCUGGAAACGACCCUUGGAACGGAGGCCUUUGAUAAUGACAUUGAUCAAGGGGCACUACAACAAAUGGCAGUACAGCGUCAAGAGCUAGAUGCUGUGUUAUGUCUGGUUGACUGUCAAUUGGAUAUGUUUCAACCUAUAGACAUGAAAGAGAAGAAAAACGUAAACAAUGAAUCUUUGGGUGUCACGAAUAUUUCUACCUCAGAAAAACAGUUGAAUGACUUUACACCUUUUUCAAUUGUAGCUGGGGAUGGGAGUGUGACAGGAAAAACAGAAACCGAAACAUCAGCAGCACCACCUGCAGUAGUAGUACCAUCCUCAUCCUCAUCUCUCAUACUAGAGAAAAACUGUAGUGAUUCAUCUUUGAAAGGGAGUGGCACACGCACACCAUUUCAGGAUGCUCUUCGUUGUGUACUGAAACUGUAUCAGGAUAAGAUGAUUACGAGUUCCAAAGAUGUUGUAGGGUUGGUUUUAUACAAUACAAGAGUAAAAAAUAAUAUUUAUGAUAUUCCUGGAGUAUAUCUUUUCCAUCCCUUUGAACUCCUUGGGAUUCACUGUGUACAAGAAGUGGAGGAACUAGUGGCAGCAGGAGAAGUGGAUUCUCUAGUGUAUGAGGGGUUUGAGAAGAAAGUAGGGCACUCUCAGUAUGGAGAGACUAAAUUGAGUGAUGUCUUGUGGGCUUCUAUGCAUAUGUUUAUGAGACUACGCUCUGACAUGAUAAAAUAUCGUCGCAUUUUUCUCUUUACGAAUGACAAUGAACCACAUCAUGGUGAUGAGCUUGAGAGAAAUCGGUGUUUGGCACGAGUACGAGACUUACAUGAGAUUGGAGUUUCCCUUGAAGUGUUUGCUAUUGGUAAAAGUAAUGAAACAAAUGUGGUUGGCACUGAUUUGUCUCUUGAAAACUCUCUCUGGGGAAAGGAAAAAAGAGAGACUACAAAGAGAGGUGCUGAAGGGUUAUUUCCUGGAGAGAAGUUUUGGGAUCAUCUACGUCACACAAUUGCUAAUACAUCCUCAGCUGUUAGAAAUGAUAAUAAUAAUGAUAAUAAUAAUAAUAAUAAUAAUAAUAAUAAUAAUAAUAAUCAUCAUCAAAAACAACAGUAUCAAGAGCCAUAUGUGGAUGUUGUUCAUAUUGGUAGCGGACCUCAGGCGUUUGACAAUUUAAUUUCUGCGGUGACACGUCGAACCCACCCACAGCAUCCAUAUCAAAGAACUAUUCUCACAAUUGGUGUGAGUGUAAACGGAUCGUCUGUGCCCACUAUGGCAGUAAGCGUCUAUCAUCCGGUGAUGCCUGUCCCACCACAGCGAAUGGAAUGGCUGGAUAGCCGUACAAAAAAGAUUGUGAAGCGACAGACACAACUUGUGGUAAAGACAUCAUCAUCAUCAUCAUUAUUCUCAGCAGCAGAUAAAGAUAUUAAUAAUGAAAAAACGGAUGAAGUCUCUAUUGUGAGUCCUGAAGAUCUUCUACAAUCUAUAGUUUUAGGAGGAAGACGACUUUUUAUCUCUCCAGAGGAAAAGGAGCGUGUUAUUACCACCACAACAAAAGAUGCCACUGUUGGAUUUUCAAUUCUCUGUUUUAAACAUACUGAAGAUAUAUUAAAACACAAACAUUCCCUCCAGAAGUCAAGUUUUUUACAUCCUAAUCUAAACGAUGGUGGUGAAGGUUCUCUUCGUCUUUUUGUUCAACUCACUCGUACACUUCUUCAACAGAAUAAAGUAGCCGUGGCGCAAUACCUUCCCUCUCGUACGUCAUCACCUCGACUUGUUGCACUAGUUCCAUCACCACCUUCUUCAUAUUCUUCAUUUAUCCCUUUUCCUCCUUCUUCUUAUUCCCAUUCGCAUUCUUCUUUGGGAUUAUCAUCUAUUCUAAACAGCAGCAGCGAAGGCGGCGGCAGUAGUAGUAGCAAUACACCUGCUGAGGGACUUGGCUUGUAUGUUGUGCCGUUGCCGUAUGCGGAAGAUAUCCGUAGGGUUCCUACAUUACCGUGUUUUGGUGUAGAUACAACUCCCAAACCAGAGGAAGUUGAUCUCGCUAAACGCAUUAUCUUAUCCUUGUCUGUUUCCUAUGAUAUUCAUGCGGUACCAAAUCCCUUGCUACAACAUCGUCUCCAACUUAUGCAGAAGAUGGCACUACAACAAACAAAAACAACAAUAGCGAAAGAGAGUAACAGCACGAAUGAAUUGCAAACGGUAAAAGAUUUGUCAUUACCAGAUCGUGAGGGGAUGAUGCAUUAUGGACAUCUCUUUCAGGAGUUCAAUAACACUGUUCUCGGACCUUCAUACGAUGCGGAUAAACUCUGCCAAUCAUACAAACCAAAAGUUGUUGCAGGUGUGAAGACAUCCCGUGCAGGGGAAUUAGCCGAUGACAGUGGAAAUGAUGCGAUUUCCCGACUGGUGAAAGGGGCGUUUGAGAAUAACGCUUUGCAGACAUUAACAGUCUUGCAAUUAAGAUCGUACCUAAAUGCUAUGGGUGAAAGUACUGAUGGAGCGCGACGAAAAGAUGACUUGAUUCAAGUCGUCACACGAGUAGUGAAGAGUCAGAGUAAAUGA